AUGCGAUUAACAGAUGUGCUGUUAACAAGCCUUUUCACUACAUUAUCACUUUCCAUAGUCAUCAAUAAAGACUACGAUCUGGUAGAUGAGGUUAUUGAUGAUGAGCCCAAUUGUACCCGAGACACGGCCAUCAUCGACAAGCUGUUGAACGAUACGGGCUACAACAAAUUCCGAAUACCCACUGAUGAAGGCGUGCGGGUAAUUGUCGAAUUCUGGAUUCAAGCCAUCGAAUCGAUCAACGAGAUUACGAAUGAUUUUGAGAUGGACAUCUACAUUAAUGAAAUGUGGAUGGACCCGGCUCUGAAAUUCGAGCAUCUCAACCCGUGCAAGCAGAAUUUGUCGCUCAGCUAUCAGGUUUUCGAUCGCCUCUGGACACCGAAUAGCUGCUUUAUCAACUCGAAAGUGGCCGAGAUUCACGACUCGCCCUUCAAAAAUGUUUUUUUGAUGCUCUAUCCGAAUGGGACGGUUUGGGUAAAUUACAGAACCCGAGUCAAGGGGCCCUGCUCACUCGAUCUGACACUCUUCCCCUUCAACUACAACAACCAGGAGGUGCAAAUGAGGUGGAGCACCGACGCGGGUGGAGCUGUUCGGAAACUCGUCGACAUCGUGCUCCCAGAUUUUGACCUUGUCAAUAUUCUGACUGAGCAUGUGGCAGAGCCCUACCCCGCCGGGAUGUGGGACGAGCUGCACGUGGUGCUCACGUUUGAGCGGCGCUACAUUUGGUACUUUAUGCAAGCCUACCUGCCGACGUAUCUCACUAUUUUUAUCAGCUGGAUCAGCUUCGCUUUGGGACCGAGAGCCAUUCCGGCAAGGACAAUGUUGGGAGUCAACGCCCUCCUGGCUAUGAUUUUCCAAUUUGGCAACAUCAUGCGAAAUCUCCCUCGUGUAUCCUAUAUUAAAGCAAUCGACGUCUGGAUGCUCGCCUCGAUGACGUUCAUCUUCGCCUCUCUGGUGGAGCUGGCCAUCGUCGGGUUUAUGGUGAAAGACGAGAUGCCGGGAGCAAAGAAGAAGCGGAAAAGUCUCUGCGUGCCAAAGCUGGUAACCCCCCUGUUGCAGCUGGACCACUUCGAGACGAACAACAACGGCAACUUGAUACGCGUCGACAAGCGGUUCAUGUUGCCACUUGAUCGAACUUCCGGCUUCACGUGGCGCUUCUACCUUCCUGAUCUCGGAAGCUGGCCACCAGAGAAAAUUGACAAGAUCUCGAGUGUGCUCUUUCCGACAGCGUUUGCCAUUUUUAAUAUCGUGUACUGGACCUACUACUCCUACAAAAAAGUUCAACAAGCUUUAGUGCAU